UAAUAUAUGGUUAUCUAGCGUCGAUUAUCGAGAACGAACCCGAUCCAAAUAAAGUUUCGGGCGGAGGAUCCGGAUCCAAAGAUGCAUACUGUUAGCUGCCACUGCCGGUAACCGGAGUAUGAUUCCAAGCUUCAAUUCUCCGAUACAACUGAUUCGAUCAUUUGCUUUGCCAUGAAACUAGACCUACACCUCUUCUAGUCUAGGGUUUAUUCUCUCUCUCAAUACCAGCAUGCCUUAUCAGCAUCGCACAUCGCCGUCCCCGCGCAGAUCGAGGGUCCUCAUUCUCGCGUCCUGCCUCCUGAUCGGUAUAUCCGGGUUCGUAUUUGGCAUCGCGGCGAUCCUCAGCUCGAGUAGUGCGUCGUACAGAUGCUCUAACGCCGAACCAGGGUCUGUCCGAGUGGUUUGGGAGAGAGGCGGUGGCGGUAGGAUUGACAACGGGAUUGGUGAUGGGGAUCCGAAGAGGCACAGGGUGAUGGGGUUCGUUGGCAUUCAGACUGGGUUCGGAUCAGUGGGUCGAAGGCGGUCCUUGCGCCAGACUUGGAUGCCGUCCGAUCGUCAAGGGCUUAAGCGCUUAGAAGAAGCAACUGGUUUGGCUUUCAGGUUUAUCAUUGGUAGAACCAAUGAUAAAUCGAAGAUGUUAGAGCUUAAGAAGGAGGUAGAAGAAUAUGAUGAUUUCGUGCUAUUGGAUAUUGAAGAGGAGUAUAGUAAGCUUCCAUACAAAACGUUAGCUUUCUUUAAAGCUGCAUAUGCACUUUUUGAUUCUGAGUUUUAUGUUAAAGCGGACGAUGACAUAUAUUUGAGGCCAGAUCGCCUCUCACUGCUCUUGGCAAGAGAACGCACUCAUUCUCAGACGUACAUUGGGUGCAUGAAAAAGGGCCCUGUUUUCACUGACCCUAAACUCAAAUGGUAUGAACCACUAUCCUAUUUGCUUGGUAUGGAGUACUUUCUUCAUGCUUAUGGCCCCAUAUAUGCACUCUCUGCCGAUGUUGUUGCGAGCUUGGUUGCUCUUAGAAACAACAGUUUUAGGAUGUUCAGCAAUGAGGAUGUUACAAUUGGGGCAUGGAUGCUUGCAAUGAAUGUCAACCUCGAGAACAAUAAAGCACUGUGUGAACCAGAGUGUACACAAACAUCUAUUGCCGUCUGGGAUAUUCCCAAGUGUUCAGAUGCUCAAAUUUCAUGAUUUGUGUAGAUCCCUCAAACAUGUCCACCUGAUGCUGGCUGACUAACUGACUAUAAUAAAUAACAGUAUACCGAGGAUUUGGAUUCUGAUGGAGAUAAAAUUGGUCGCUUUUGAGGCACCUAUCCUUUGGCACGCAGUUGAUAGGUUAUAAUAGUAGUAAGAACAAAAGUAAUCAUUACAGAAAGUUUGAGUCAUUGCAAAGAACGAUUAGAAAAAGUUUUGAGUGACCUUUUUCUUGAUAUAAUGUAACAACAAAUCUGUGCAUGAUAAAGACACGAGCCUUUGGUGCAAGAUCAAUCUUAGUUUCAUAUUUUCACAUGCUGUAGAAAACAUCAGAGAAUUCACGAGAAUGAGGAUAAUAUUAUUCAUGAUAUCGCUCUUC